GCCACGACGUAAUAGGAAAUAAAACCAAUAUUCGUUCUUGGAGUCCCCGACACUCCUCCCUGUCGCAACUGUCCUUAUUUCUCCUGAACAGACCGCGACGGCAACGCUGUGAUUUUUGAAAGAAAUACAGAAGAAAUGGAAGGUGGUGUUAAAUUGGACAAAUGGGGUUACGAGGUCAACACUUCCUCGGAUGCUUGCAUCUCUGCCAUCAACUCUUAUUACCACCAGGUUCUUAGUUAUGGAAGAGAGAGGCGUGUGAUUUUGGAAGCUACACUUCAUGACAAAGACUGCGUGUUAGCCAAUAUUAUGGCAGCUCAUUACCUCUGCUCAUCUGCCAAUCCUUCCCGAGCUUCUUUCCAUAUCCAGGCUGCAAACUCUCGACUUGAAGAAGCCACCCCUUAUGAGAAAGCAGUUUUUUAUGCUCUUAAUUCUUUGAUUUGUGAGAAUAGAGAUGAUGAUGUUGCUCUUCAAUUUCAUUCUAAGCUCCUCAAUGAUUACCCAAGAGAUCUAGUUACUCUUAAAAGAGCUCAAGUUUUAUGUUUCUACAUGGGUAGACCUGACCUGUCCCUGGACCUUGUGCAACAGGUUUUACCCAGAAACCAAGAAGAAGAUUAUAUACAUGGCAUGCUUGCGUUUCCAUUAUUAGAGCUGGGCCGAAUGGCUGAUGCUGAGGAAGCAGCAAGAAAGGGAUAUGAGAUCAACAAGCAAGAUUACUGGGCACAACAUGCUAUGUGUCAUGUCCUUCAAUAUCAAUGCCGUUUCAAAGAUGCAGUAGACUUCAUGGAAGAAUGCUCAUCUUCAUGGAGUUCUUGCUCAUCAUUUAUGCUGACACAUAAUUGGUGGCAUGUAGCUCUUUGUUACUUGGAAGGUCAUGCAUCAGCGAGAAAAGUUUUAGAAGUUUAUGACCAACAUAUCUGGAAAGAGCUGGAAAAAGCUGAUGCUGUGCCUCCAGAAGUGUACUUGAAUGCUCUGGGUUUGUUGUUGCGUGUGUAUCUAAGGGGUGAGCUUGACAUCUUUGAGGACCGUCUGAAGACUUUAGCUUCCUGCAUAACGGAUCAAGCCAAUUGGUAUUUAGAGUGGCACCUUGAUGUGUUGAUAUUAUGGGCCUUGGCUAAAACUGUUGAACCUUCAAAGGCAGAAGAUUUACUUGAGGGCUUGAAAUCCAGAAUUCAUAAGAUGAGCAAGAAGAAGCAACAAAGAAUGCAGAAAGUGAUUCAGCUUGCAGAAGCCUUAUUCGAGUAUGGGAGGGGUAAUGACAAGCAGGCAUUAGAUUUACUUGAUUCAGAUUUUGAUGCCAAUGAUUGUAAGAUGCUUGGGGCAUCAGAUGAACAACUUGAUGUAUUUAAUGAAGUCUGGUGCAGCAUGUUACUAAAUACUGGACAAGCCGCCAAGGCAAUAGGAGUAGUGGAGAAGUGGAUCAAGAAAAGGGAAGGAAUCCCAUUCAUGUGGCGCUUAUUGGAGAGAGGCUAUGCAAUGACAGGCAAUCAGGAAGCAGCAACAGUUGCUGGUGAGAAGGCUAGGGCCUUAGAAGCUGCACAUUUUGUUCAGGUGGCAUGAAAGAUGGAUCAUCAAUCUACCAACUAUGCAUGUGGACAUCUUGUUACAUACAUGAAUUCUACUCGGCUAUAGCCUUGCUUCGUAACUGUGUGAAUUACAGAUGAAAUACGUGUAACCUUUGUUCCAUCGUUCCUAGCUAUCCUUUAUCUGCAUCCCAUGAUUCCAUCUUAAUCAGGGGAGAACAAUGAAAAGGAAAAGGUGAAUCGAUGAGCCUGUUUGUCUGAAGACUGAACUAGAUAAAGUUACCAUAGCGUGAAAGCAAAAAUAAAUGCAAUCAAUAUUUUGGUUGAUCAGUGGGCUUA